AUGAUGAAUAUCGCAAAAGAGAAGUUAGUGGCCACCUGGUUGGUGGUCAGAGGGGAUUUUGAGACUCACGAAGUUCCGUACCAAGUGCUGGCGAAGUACCGACCCCUGUUCAAAUAUGUAUCCGCCAGGGAAAUAGCCAGGCUGAACCUGAGCGACGAGAGAAUAUUGUCAUUUGUGGGGACUCACACGGAGCUUGAUCGACAUCAGGUUGGUGUCGUGGCAAGCAGGUAUAUACAAAUGAACCCUCAUUGGUCGGAACCACACUAUCUGAAUCUCAUGAACAACCUAUUGUGCGGAGUGCCUAUGUCUUUCAUGAGAAAAAUCCCAGAAGCUAACUACCUACAACUCAGCAGACAGGCGCUAGGGAAAUCUUACAGUUGGGCUGCUCAAGAUGUAGCGCGCUUGGGGCUACUGUUAACAGAGGUCGAUGGACAUGAACUCGCAGCCGUGAAUCCAGAAGCUAUGUCAGGAAUAACUGCUCAAGUAAUGCUUGAGAUUCCCGAAAGAAAUUUGAUGCAUAUCACAGAUAUGCAGUUACGUUUCUUAGGUCAACAACCACUGAAUAUUUUGGCUAAGAAAAUGAAAAUAUACCAUGAACGACUUGUUAAACUUUCAUAUGCUGCUGGAUUACACUCAGAAUGUUUAUUAGUAAUAAUUUUAACAUUAAGCAUUCAGUUUGCAAUAAAAUAA